AUGAAUGGCACCUGUGUUGAUGGUUGUAAACCAGGUUUUAUUUCAAUUGACUGUACACAAGGUAAAUAUAAUAUAGUGAGUACAGUAUAUAAUAAUAUUAAUGGUAGAUAUUAUAUUGAUGGUUAUAAACCAGGUUUUAUAUCAACUGACUGUACACAAGGUAAAUAUAAUAUAGUGAGUACAGUAUGUAAUAAUAUUAAUGGUAGAUGUUAUAUUGAUGGUUGUAAACCAGGUUUUAUAUCAAUUGACUGUACACAAGGUAAAUAUAAUAUAGUGAGUACAGUAUAUAAUAAUAUUAAUAGUAGAUAUUAUAUUGAUGGUUGUCAGCCAGGUUUUAUAUCAACUGACUGUACACAAGGUAAAUAUAAUAUAGUGAGUACAGUAUGUAAUAAUAUUAAUGGUAGAUAUUUUAUUGAUGGUUGUAAACCAGGUUUUAUAUCAAUUGACUGUACACAGGGUAAAUAUAAUAUAGUGAGUACAGUAUAUAAUAAUAUUAAUGGUAGAUAUUAUAUUGAUGGUUGUAAACCAGGUUUUAUAUCAAUUGACUGUACACAAGGUAAAUAUAAUAUAGUGAGUACAGUAUGUAAUAAUAUUAAUGGUAGAUGUUAUAUUGAUGGUUGUAAACCAGGUUUUAUAUCAAUUGACUGUACACAAGGUAAAUAUAAUAUAGUGAGUACAGUAUAUAAUAAUAUUAAUAGUAGAUAUUAUAUUGAUGGUUGUCAGCCAGGUUUUAUAUCAACUGACUGUACACAAGGUAAAUAUAAUAUAGUGAGUACAGUAUGUAAUAAUAUUAAUGGUAGAUAUUUUAUUGAUGGUUGUAAACCAGGUUUUAUAUCAAUUGACUGUACACAGGGUAAAUAUAAUAUAGUGAGUACAGUAUAUAAUAAUAUUAAUAGUAGAUAUUAUAUUGAUGGUUGUAAACCAGGUUUUAUAUCAAUUGACUGUACACAAGGUAAAUAUAAUAUAGAGAGUACAGUAAAUAAUAAUAUUAAUGGUAGAUAUUAUAUUGAUGGUUGUAAACCAGGUUUUAUAUCAAUUGACUGUACACAAGGUAAAUAUAAUAUAGUGAGUACAGUAUAUAAUAAUAUUAAUGGUAGAUAUUAUAUUGAUGGUUGUAAACCAGGUUUUAUAUCAAUUGACUGUACACAAGAUUGUGAUGAUGGGUUCUAUGGUGAAAACUGUAAUAAUAAAUGUUCAGAGAGAAAUUGUAUAAAUAACAGUACAGUUUGUAGUAAAGUCGAUGGUAGCUGUAAUGGUGGAUGUCUAGAUGGUUAUAAUGGUGUAGAUUGUAGUCAAACGAUUCCAAUAGUACCAGAAUGUGGUGAUGGUUUCUAUGGUGAAAACUGUAAUAAGAAAUGUUCAGAGAGAAAUUGUAUAAAUAACAGUACAGUUUGUAAUAAAGUUGAUGGUAGCUGUAAUGGUGAAUGUCUAGAUGGUUAUAGUGGUAUAGACUGUAGUCAAACAAUGCCGGUAGUACCAGAUCAAAAAUGUGAUGAUGGUUUCUAUGGUGAAAACUGUAAUAAGAAAUGUUCAGAGAGAAAUUGUAUAAAUAAGAGUACAGUUUGUAGUAAAGUUGAUGGUAGUUGUAAUGGUGAAUGUCUAGAUGGUUAUAGUGGUAUAGAUUGUAGCCGUUCUAGUUCAGCUUCUAAUCCUAAUAAUG